UGAAAACCCGCCCGGCAGCUGCGAUGUCCUCAGAGAGCUCAGAGGCGUACGAUGCCGUCGUUAUCGGUAUGUCCGUAAGGAAAGCGGACAGAUCAGCGUGUGCUGCUUCCCUCGUGUGCCUGCUGUUGCCAGGUGGAGGCAUCAUGGGCGCCAGCGCCACGUAUGCACUGUCCAAGAGAGGCCUCAAGGUGGCCAUGCUUGAGCGGUUCCAUCCCACUCAUCGCAACGGCUCAUCGUGGGGCGAUGGCCGGAUCUUCCGAUUCGCAUACGUACGCUACGCUACGCUACCCGCACACAACAGCAUCCAAGGGACGAACGAUGUGUCCACUCUCUGUCUGCCUGUGUGUCAGGUGGAGCCCUCCAAAGUCAAGAUGGCGCAGAUCAGCGGGGAUCUGUAUCAGGAGCUCGAGCGCCGGACCAGGAUGCGUGUGCUCAACAGGAUAGGUCAGAUUGACAUGGCACCAAUCGGCCACAAGGAGCUGAGGGGCCUCGUCGACACGUAUGACAAGGGCGGCAUCCCAUACACCCGAAUGACUGCUGCCGAGGUCAACAAGACAUUCCCUCAGCUCCACCUGACCGACAGGGAAGAGGCCAUCUAUCAGGUCAGGGGACACCUGUGAAGCGACAAAGAAGGGAUAACAAAGAGAAACACGUACCGCACCGCGUGGCUUCUCAUGUUGUGUUGUGUUGUGUGCAGCCCGAUGGAGGUGUGACCUAUGCCGAUUCCGCCAGGACGGCAUUCUUCGAAGCUGCGCGGCAGAACGGCGCCACGCUGCUGUUCUCCACUGUCGCCAAGGCGAUCCACAGGCAGCCCUCUGGCGGUUUUGCGGUCGACCUCGCUGCCCCUGAUGACCCCUCGCCGAUGCGUAGGCGGCGGAUUGUGUGCAGCAAGGUGGUUGUGACGACUGGGGGGUGGACCAAUGACGUGCUCAAGAUGGUGGGCCUGUGCACGCUGCCAAUGCGCGUCACAAACGAGCAGGUGACAGAUAGACGAAUAGCACACAAUCCACCAUUCAUUCUCCAUCAUCCUCUGCAUAUGUGUGUCUGCUUGUGUGUCGCCACAGCCGAUGUACUUCAUGCCUCGUGACGGUGAGGACGUGGCGGCAUUCGAGGAGGGCGCGAUGCCCGUGUUCAUAUUUCGCGGCUUCGAGAAGGAGUACUACGGGAUACCCACAGUCAAAGGCGGCGAGUGCGGCGUCAAGGUGGCUGUCCACCAAGGCUGCCACGACAUGAUGGACACACCCGAGGGACGCACCAAGCAAGAGAACGCCCAGUUCACAGCCGACACACAGAAGUGAGUGAGAAACAUGCGAGCAGGGGGUAUUAUCGCUAACAUAGAUACCAUCGAGUGGCCUGUCUCUGCCUCGCUGCAUGCAGGUGGGUCCGUCGCUUCUUCCCCCGUCUGGACGAGUGUCGUUACUCAGCUCACCGGUGCCUCUACCAGAUGACGGCCGACAGGGAGUUCAUCGUGGGCUGCCACCCCGAAUGCACAGACGUGAUCGUCGCUACGGGCUUCUGCGGCGAGGGCUUCAAGUUUGCUCCAUGGGUUGGCGAGGCGUGCGUGCAGCUGGGGUUCCCCGAGAGGAUGGCAGAGGCGGUGAAAGUGCCGAGUGAAUUCACCCUCAGUCGAUUCGUGCCGUCACACAGGACGGGCAGUGAGGGUGGUGGCGGCCAUGUGUAUGCGCAGAGCCGCCUGUAGAUAGACAGACAGAUAGACAGACAGACAGACAGACAGACAUAGAGCCAGAUCUGGCUGAUCUUGCUGAUGGCGUGUGGGUUGUGGGUGGUGGGACGGUGAGAAACAACGUGCCUUAAUUUAUUUGUAGUGUCUGACUUGAUUUGCUGCACCUGGCCGAAGUGAAGUGAAGGGCAUGGGGGCCUUUUUGCCUCUUCCUCUUCUACUGACGCGUGAGUGAGUGAGUGAGUGAGUGUAGCAUACAUCUUUCGGAUGGAUGGAUGGAUGGAUGGAUGACAUCGAUGGAUGGAGAUCUAUGACAUACAUGCCUUGACCGCGGCGGAGUCGGAUUCAUUCACUGCAGCUAGCGUGGCUGGCUGUGAGGCAGAGGUCUCUCAUGGAGUCGUCACUCA